AUGGCUACAAUCGAUCCCGAGGCAGGCUGUACAGUCCCCGCGCCGGGAGAUUGGCCUGUCGCCCCGCAGGAAGAUGUAUCUAUCGAAGAGGACAGAUUAUGGAUCGAUGGCUGUUUCGACUUCUUCCACCACGGUACACCUCUCCCACCAACUCCUCCUUGAUAUGCGACUGCGAGAUGGCUGAGACCGACCUUUUUCUUCAGGCCAUGCCGGCGUCAUGCUCCAGUCCCGUCGCUUUGGCCAAGAGCUUCUUGUCGGCCUGCACAACGAUGCGGAUAUUGCUGCCAACAAAGGCCCGACUGUCAUGACCCUCGAGGAGCGAACAGCUGCUGUCGACGCCUGCCGAUUCUCCACCAAAGUCGUGCCCCACGCGCCGUACGUGACUUCAAUACCUUGGAUCUCGCACUACGGCUGCAAAUAUGUCACGCAUGGAGAUGAUAUCACGAGCGAUGCGAGCGGAAACGAUUGUUACCGCUUCGUGAAGAAAGCAGGAAGGAUGAAGAUUGUCCCUAGAACACCAGGGAUAAGCACGACAGAUCUGGUCAGCCGAAUGUUGAACAGUACCAAAGUCCACCAUAUCAACAAUCUAAUAGAUUGUAUGGAAGAGCGGGAGUCAACAGAAGGCAAAGCUGGAGGUGCAGAGAAUGGAUCGCAAAUGCGGGCAAGGGUCGAGGAGUAUGCCGCGUCCGCCAAUGGCAAGGACCCAGAGGUUCAGGUGUAUGCCUACGUGUCGCAAGGAGCAAGCUUCACGCCUGUUCGAAUGGGUCGAGAGCCGGAUGAUAGGAAGCUCGUGUACGUCGACGGUGGCUGGGAUCUCUUCCAUCCAGGUCACAUUGGAUUCUUGGAACAGGUCGCCAAAUCUGAGCCAAAUGCCUACAUCAUAGCGGGAAUCCACGACGAUGUCGUGAUCAACCGCAUAGUGGGCGCGAACUACCCCAUCAUGAACAUCUUCGAGCGGGGCCUCUGCGUUGUGCAGUGCAAAUACGUCAACUCUGUGAUCUUUGGCGCUCCGCAUGCACCAUCGGCUGCAUAUUUGGAGAAUCUGGGAAAGCUUUUCGGAGCUUCUGGCAAGCCACCUACUUACUACCAUGGUCCUACGAGGUAUAUGGGUGUUCCAGAGACAACAGAAUUGGCAGGCGCUCGAUCACUAGGGGUUCUUAGAACCAUCGACUCCGAUGCAGUGCAAUUCCCGAACUUCAAUACUGGUGUGAUUGUAAAGCGCAUUUUGGAUCGCAAAGAGAAAUAUGAGGAACGACAGAGGAAGAAAGGCGUCAAGGCCGUUGGAGAGAAAGCAGCACACGACAAGGAGCUGCUUGAGCGACAGGCUGCCGCUGAGAAAGCAAAGCAGCUGCUAAACGGAGCCUAG